AUGGAGAAUGUACAGAAUCUACCGCCGCAUCAGCAACAGCAGUUCAUGCAAAAGCUGGAGCAGGCGCAGAUGACAGACAGUCUCACAAUGUACAACAAUCUUGUGGAGCGAUGCUUCGAAGCGUGUUCGUAUUCCUUUCGCUCCAAGACACUGGAGAAGUACGAGACUUCGUGCAUGGAGAACUGCGCGUCUCGCUACAUCAAGAUGGCCCAGAGGGUUGGCCUCAGGUUCCAAGAGCACCAAGCCAUGCAGCAGCAACAGCAGCAACCGAAAUAA